AUGUCUGAAGAGAGUCGACCUUUCAUUUCACAUGGAUCGGGGUCGCUGGCAGAGAAAUCGGAGGAUGAGUCGGAGAACUUGGUGAUUGAACCCCAACGCAAGUCUCUGCGGUUUCUGCGCAUUGCGUGUGUUCUGGAAUCAAUUGCUCUCAUUCUGCUGACAGCUGGGCUCAUUCUUGCUUUUCAAACGAGGUACGCAGAGUCAGAUUCAGAUCUUGAAUGCGCCCGAAAAGUAUCAGCUUAUUCCCCUCUUCUUGGAGAACCUGACUUGAUCAAGUAUUCCGAGUACGAUCUUCCGCUGUAUUUCAACGAGAAAACAGACUAUCGUGGCCCACCAACCCCAGAGAGGGAGGUGAUGUGGGAAAAACUGUGGCACCAGGGUGCAUUUGAAGUUCCUGAAGACAAGUUGGAUAUCAUGAACAAAUCACAUUCAGGCAGAACAUACAAACAUGUUCCACCGGAGGUGGGAACCGGUUAUGCGGCUCAGCUGGAAGUCCUUCAUCAGUUGCAUUGUGUGCACAUGCUCCGACAAUGGUCUUACAAAGAGCACUGGAUUGACCAAGGACUUGACUUACCCGGAAGUCUUUAUGGAGAUCCCAAGCUCACGAGAAUGCAUCUAGAUCAUUGCAUCGAGGUUUUACGAGCAAACAUUAUGUGUACGUCUGAUGUGACGCCGAUCCUGAUAGAAUUAGAUCCAAAGGCGCCGUUCGGAGAGCGUGCUGAUUUCCGAAUGCCUUUCUAUGCCACCGAAACCCCCGAACGGGUGAAGAAAGCCCCAGGUCUACACCUCAUAACCUCUUUAACCCCAAAUGGAAGAAAAGUCCACAUUCUUCUGGAAGAACUCAAGGACGCCUACGGCCUUGAAUGGACGACAAGUCUGAUCGACCUUGACAAAAACGAACAGAAAAAAGACUGGUUUCUCAGACUAAAUCCCAAUGGACGUAUCCCAAUCUUAAUCGACAACAAUAUAAGUCCACCUCACGUGGUUAUGGAAUCAUCCGCUGAACUGUUAUACCUCGUCAAUUUGAACCAAAACAAUCUUUUCUGGUUCUCGGAUCCAAUUGAACAAAGCGAAGCAUUCCAAUGGCUAAUAUUCUGGCAUGCUUCGGGGCAACCCAAUCAAGGGCAAUAUAAUUUUUUUCGAAACAAUGGCCAAACUCACGUGGAUCGUUUCAAGCGGGAACUGCUGCGGGUUUACGAUGUACUUGAAAUCCGUCUUUCAGGGAGAUAUGGUGGUGGCAUACGGGAAUAUUUAGCUGGGAAGGACAAGGGGAAAUACAGCAUUGUUGAUAUCAACGCCUGGGCUUGGAUACGAAAUAUUCGACGCAUUGGAUUUUCAGAGGAUGAAUUGGCCCAGUUACCUCAUUUACAACGGUGGGUGAAUCGCAUUGCGGCGCGACCGGCUGUGGAGCGAGGUUUAGGGGAGUGGUAUGAUGAGGAUGUGCAUCCAGAGUUGUUGCUCGAGACCCCGUGA